GGUAGGCACAAAAGAUGGCAAUUUAGACUUUGUUCUUUUCCAUGGACCCCUUUCUGCUGCCGCGGCUGUUUUGGCGCGCCUGGCCGUCUGGUACACUGGGCACAAUCCUUCCUUCUGCUUUAAAGUUCGUUCAAAUACGUCGCUUCAGCGUGCGUAAAGCUGCUCUUAAUCGAUUGUGCCAUGAAAAGCUGCGAAAUAUAGUAAGUAACGGCUCCUCCCUGGUCGGCCCGUCCAUUUGGGGACAGGAGCGUUGCCGUCUCCGCCAAGACAAACUCUCGUUGGCGCGUGACGCGGUUCUCCACGUGAGCUCUUUCCGUUCCCCACGUGGACCAGAUUUUGCAAUGCGAAAUGACGUUCAAAAUAUGUCAGCCUUUUCCGGCGCACGUCCCCUCGCUCGAUGCGGAGAGAUGAAUAUAAUAGUAGUGAUCAUGGCCAGGGUGGGAAGGGUCAUAGCAGUACGAUGGCUGGCAGCGGGAAGUCUUGCUCUGAUCUCGAGUAGCGUUGCUGAUGAUGUAUGUGUGAUAGGGCUAACAUUUUAAUGAGAGGUGUAUUGAUUGCCCCGAUGCAAGCCACUGCUGCUACAGUUCUACUACUAUUACAUGGCUGGGGGCCACUCCACUUGCUUCGCACGACCCUUGUCAUCCAUCCUCUUUCCUCCAUUCAUUGACCUUGACUUACUCCAGACGAUGGAGGGCUACAGCGAGCGCCACAAGGU